UCCACACAAGCCUGCUGUCGGACGCCCUGAAAGCAACAAGCUUGUCUGGACAAAACGCUCACUGCUGCAGUGCCGUACACUGUGAUUUAACGGAAAUUGCAACAAAACGAGGCUGUUUAUCCAGUCUUAACGUUGGCGUGAAUUGAAGCGGAGGAAGGAAGAUGUCGGCGGUUUAUAAAGACGACCAGGAGGACUGGCUGACAGUGUGUCUCAAGUACCUGCUGUUUGUUUUCAACUUCCUCUUCUGGGUGGGUGGAGCAGCUGUUUUGGGCGUAGGAGUCUGGACGCUGGUGGAGAAGAGUGACUACUUGAGUCUGCUGGCUUCCAGCACUUUUGCUGUCUCAGCAUAUAUCCUGAUCCUGGCCGGCAGCCUGGUGGUGGUUACGGGCUUCUUGGGCUGCUGCGCUGUCAUCCGGGAACAGAAAAGCUGUCUGUCCACGUAUUUCUUCUGCCUGCUGCUGAUCUUUUUGAUUGAACUGGUGGCUGGAGUGCUGGCUUAUGUUUAUUACCAGAGGCUGAGUGAGGAGUUGAAGCAGCAUCUCAACCAGACUAUGACAGAUAACUACGCCCAGCCGGGGAGGGAGGCCAUCACAUUAGCUGUGGACAGACUACAACAGGACUUCAAAUGCUGUGGCAGCAACAACUCCCAUGAUUGGACGGUGAGCGUGUACAUUUCAUCAGAGCAGGCGGAGGGCAGGUUGGUGCCUGACAGCUGCUGUAAGACCAUCACCCCUCAGUGUGGCAAGAGAGACCACCCCUCCAACAUCUACAAGGUGGAGGGUGGCUGCAUCACUAAGUUGGAGCAGUUUCUGGCCGACCACCUGUUGGUCAUCGGCGCUGUGGGAAUAGGAGUGGCUUGUCUGCAGGUCUGUGGGAUGGUGUUCACCAGCUGCUUGUACAAAAGGAUCAAGAUGGAGCCUUACUGAGCACAGCAGGCCCACCACGCACCAUCUCCAACAGGCAGAUGGAGCAAUGACCUGCUGACACCUAAACUCCAACCUGUGAACCUUGAACUCUGACUUGGUGAUUGAAGCCAAGUGCACAGACAAAAAAAUUGUACCAUUGUCAACCAGGCUGAUUUUUGGUUUCUUUUGUACAAUAUUGUACGUUACAAAGUACUUCAAUCCAGGCUUUAUACACUUCUGACACCUGGCUGCAAUAUCUGCCUCCUGGAGCUACAGUACAGGCCAAAAGUUUGGACACACACCUUCUCAUUCAAUGCGUUUUUCUUUAUUUUCAUGACUAUUUACAUUGUAGAUUCUCACUGAAGGCAUCAAAACUAUGAAUGAACACAUUUGGAAUUAUGUACUUAACAAAAAAAGUGUGAAAUAACUGAAAACGUGUCUUGUAUUUUAGAUUUCUGGAUUUACUACCUCAAGGAUUGUGCUUUAGCCCAGUAGUUCUCAACCUUUUUGAGUCACGACCCCCAAUUUAACAUGCAUGAUGUCCGCGACCCCCGCUCACUGAACAGAAUCUCACACGCACAGUUCAGAUCACCCUAAAAAGAAACAAAAAGACACAAAAUGCCUGAAAAAAAGACACAAAAUGACUGAAAGAAAGACAUAUUU